AUGCUGGCUGUGGCCAUCUCCGAAGUGGGGGCAACCAGUCUGUCCUCCAAGGCCAUCACAAAGGUAACAGAGGACGUAUCGUCAACGGACAACGCUCCCAAGCCAUACUACCACCGCGGCUUCAACCACAUGUUGGUUCUGUGGAGGUACUGGAUGACGCACGAGGAGGAUGUCUUUGCUGAACUUCUCACCAACAACACAGGCACUGCUAAGUUCUGGAAGGAGUUUCCUAAGAAGUUGCUGGGCAUGUCUGAGUACACUCUGCCCGCCAUAAUGAAGUUGGCGGACGACCAAGUGCUACCUCCAGUCAACAAGGAAUGGGCUGAACAACUCACCAAGGAGUUUACUGAUGAUCUUAUUAAGUUGCUGGGCGAUGACGGAGUCCUCCUGUUCCCCAGUAGUCCACUAGUGGCCCCUUACCACUACUCCCCCAUAGUGCGCCCCUUCAACUUCGCUUACUGGGCCAUCUUCAACGCACUGCACUUCCCUGCUGCACAGGUACCUCUAGGCCUGAACAGUGACAAGGUACCAGUGGGUAUCCAAGUAGUGGCGGCGCCCCGCCAGGAGGCGCUGUGCGCGGCCGUGGCGGAGCACCUCGGGGAAGCCCUGGGGGGCGUAGUCCCACCCUGCCAGAUACUGCAGUAGACACACCGAAUACUGACACGUUACUCAAUUUAAAGUUUUACUUAACCCCUCGAGCGUCCUCAUGAGCACCCGGUGGAUCAUAAGAAAAAAAAAUGCUCCAAAUGUCACGUGUGCACCCGUUGGAUCAUAAGGAACGCGGACGCUCGACGGGUUAUAUAUCGUGUGUCGCUGUCUCUGUCAUUUUACAAAGAAUUUGUAGAGACAGAAAUAUUUUUGAGGGUG